GGAGGAGCCAAGUCUCUCUCUCGCUCCGCUGUGCUCGACGGUCAUUCUAACAGGUAGUUUAAAAACUAACCAGGUCAACAGCAGCAGCAGCUGCAGCAUCAAGUCAGAAACUGACCGAGCGGCGCCCUCUGACCGGGGACGUUUCUUCGACGGCAGUUUUUAUUGUUUGUUUCUUGUUUUGUCUUUUGGGGGGGGGGAUAAUGCCCGGACGCCCCUCUCCAGCAUGCUGAGCAGGAAGGGGUCUUGCUUGGGCACGAUGAGUGCCGCAGCCGGAGUGGACCGCGGCAGGGUGGGCGAGAGGCUGCAGGCUGCUCUGGCCGGGCUGCAGGAGCUCCAUCUGCUGAAGGACAGACAGGGCCACAUGGUGAGCUGGGCACUGAGGAUGGACCGAGAGGAGCCGGCCACUUCCGUCCACGCCGGUCCGGAGGGCCCCGGUGCGAUGGGGGCGGAGGAGCAGCGGCUCGAGGCGACCCUGACAGCCCUGAAGCAACAGCUGUCUCGUCUUCGGAAACAGGAUGUAGGCCUGAAGUCUCACUUGCAGCAGCUGGACCAACAGAUCAGUGAGCUUAAGCUGGAUGUAAGCAAGGCCUCCACGGAGCAGCUGGAGAGUGACAGCAGGCCAAGUUCAGGUUUUUAUGAGCUCAGCGACGGUGGCUCCUGCUCCCUGUCUAACUCCUGCACCUCCGUGUACAGCGAAUGUCUGUCAUCUUCCCAGACAAGCCUUCUCCUCCUUCCCCUGAGCCCUGCUAACACCCACAUUAGCCCUCCAUCACAAGUUGAUGUCUUCCGUCGCCGUUCUGCCGACGAGACCACGACCCAGCCCAACCCUCCACGGGCCACAGGCCUCCACCUGGGCAGCAGCAGGAUCCGAGCGAGCACUGCAGGCACCGAGCAGGCACGUCCAAGACCCGUGUCAACAGGUGAUCUUGAUAGGAUGAUGGCUCAAGGACCAAGCUACUUCAAAUCUGGGGAUGCAAAGAAACCUUCCAUGUACCCAAACCUGAGAACCUCCACAGUGGACCCCAAGUUUCAGAGCAACCUGGUGACCCGCAGUGGCACUGAAGUGUAUCAUUACCCCAGCCCCUUGCAUGCUGUGGCUCUCCAGAGCCCAAUAUUUUCCAAUGGAGGCAAUCCAGCCACACCUGGACUCCUACAGGGCCUAGGAAUGAAUGGUUCUGACACCCUUCAGAGGGCAAAAAUGGGCUAUGAGACCAAAACCCUGGGCUAUAUUGACAAGCUCCUCCAGCGAAGCUUGAGCAAAAUACAGAGUGACACAGGCACAGAGACUGUAUACACACACGGUGACUUCCACAGGAAGCCCACUGAAGUUGUUACUGGGCUUCAUGAAGUAUCUCAGAAAGAGGUGUGUAUGUUGAAGCCUCUUCAAGCUCUGACCCCAAACCUGAUCCAACUAGAUAGCGACCAGAAGAGACACUGCAUGAUAUACUCCAGCCAAGAACAAGCUGAUAACACAAACCACAAACAGUCAGCAAGAAAUCAAGAGGUUUCAUACCGGUACUCCUAUCCUGUUGCCAUUCAGGAGUACAGCUCUGAUGAGGUCACCACUUCAACCCUCAGGAAGAAUGGUAAGCCCCAAGGAGAAUAUGCAAGUGUAGAGAAAAGCCAUUCAGAGAGGAGAUGUGGGGAUAAUGGAAAAGACCAAGAGAGGAAGAGCCAUAGACAAAGACCAGUGAUGGCCCACAGCUCCAGCACAGAGGAGAGUCAAAGCUUCGAGGUUCAUGCUGGUCUCACAGCUUCCCCUGAGUUUGUCCAUGCCAAAUUCGUCCCAGCUGGAUCCCAGAGGGUCAAGGUGAGACAGGCAGACCGUAAAACCAAAGCCGUGAAGCUGAGAAGAAAAGGCAGUGAUAAGUCUCGAGCAAUGAGGCAGCAACAUGGAUACUCCUCUGGUGAAAGGACCAAAGAGGCCAGUGGUGUAACCAAGGGGGAACAGAGAAGGCCCGGAAAGGGAAAAGUGACCCAGAAAUUUACCACCUGUCACACAGAGGAGCGCAGACAGGGCUCAGGCUCUGACUCCAGCCACUAUAGCCCAGGAGUCAUGUACACCCAUAAGGUCCAUCCUAAACCACAUCCCAUCCCCGCUGUCACAAAGUCCAGCAAAACCCGAAGACUUCAGUGCGUGGAGUAUGAGCAGCCUACAGAACAGAGGAAGAGGAGGCAGGGAGCUGCCAAGUGGCAGUCUGAAGUGGAGAUGUUCCAGGCCUCAUGUGCUCAGCGUCAGAGGUCAAAAGAGCCCCAUGCUCAGGCACCAGGGAGCAUGCAGAUGGUUCGCAGUAUGAGUGCCAAGCCAGGCCAGUGGAUUGGAACUCCUCGUCCCUUCCAAACCUCCAUGUCCUCUAACUCUUUCCUCCAUAACCUUAAUGCCAGAUACCCUGAAGCACCUUUCCGCAUGUCUAGCCUCUACCCACCCAGGUGUGAGUCUGAGUAUUCAGCUGAAUGCGCCUCUCUGUUUCACUCCACCAUUGCUGAAAGCACAGAGGGGGAGAUGAGUGACAACACCACCAACCGCUUUGGAGAUAGCGAGUCCAGCCAGAGCUCUCAGUCCUUCUCAGACUCCGACAGCAGUCUGUCUUUGGACGAGGAGGACCAGGUGGACAGACACGAGGAGGAGGGAGGCCUGGUGUGGGCUGAGGUUGCUCUGGGGCCCACUGCUGCUGGAAGGCCCCUCCAGCAGCUCCCACGCCCCGAGCCAUCAGCCUGCCGGAUCAAAGCUUCCCGAGCCCUGAAGAAGAAAAUUCGUCGGUUCCAGCCUGCCUCCCUGAAGGUCAUGACCCUUGUAUAGCGACAUUCCCCUGGGCUGAAAGAAAACAGUUCAAUCUCACCUGGUCUUUUAGCACAGCACACUUAAUCAUCCCUGAGAAGCAGUCAUUAAAGUGGACUGCAUUUCUGCACUGAUUGCUUUGUUAAAACAAUAACAAAAUGUAAAGCAUUUACGAUGUUUGAACCUGAAAAUGGUGUACAAAAUGGUGCAUUGUAUAAAAGCAUUUCUAACACAAUCAUUACGCUUACACUUAAUUUGUAAAUAUUUACGUUGCUGUAAUGAAAGUUCCCCAUGGCGUAAGGCUGCAUUUGACAAUUGUUUGUACCCGAGAAAUAAAGCCAAUCUUUUUCCAUUUC